UUUAAACUUUUUAAGUAACAUAUUCAAAGUGUAUGCACAAUUUUUAAAGCAAAACAUAAUUUCCCUACGUGCAUGCUGGAAAGUUUUUCUGAUGCAAUUACCCAUAUCACAUUACGCUGCAUUUUCUUCGGAAGUGUAAACAGUUGUUGAAUAUGUCAUUAAUCAAGAAAGUAAAUGCUUUCAAACAUUCUGUUCAUAUCCGUAGAAUCUUUCGCCGACCGUCUUCAUCUACAGCAAGUCGUUCACAAAAUCUACGACUCAACUACUUGGAAGAGACAGAUAAUGGAAUUGUCGUGCUCGAGUUGAACCGGCCUGAAGCGAAGAAUGCUCUUAAUCGAACUUUAGCAUCAGACUUUUUCCGGGCAAUAGAUUCAGUAAAGUAUGAUACAAAUGUUAGAGUUUUCAUCGUUAGAAGUAUGGUUCCUGGCAUCUUCUGUGCUGGUGCUGACUUAAAAGAGCGAUUGAAACUAACUAACUUGGAGGUUAAAACAUUUGUGUCACAACUGAGAUCACUUACUGAUGCUGUUGAGAGCCUACCUAUGCCAGUGAUAGGUGCUCUUGAUGGUACUGCUGUUGGUGGUGGAUUUGAAUUGGCAUUAGCAUGUGACAUGAGAACAGCAUCAGAUAAUGCUAAACUUGGUUUAGUUGAAACUAAAUUAGCAAUCAUCCCAGGUGCAGGAGGCACUCAACGGUUACCUAGACUCAUUGGACCAGCAUUUGCAAAGGAGCUGAUUUUCACUGCCAAAACAGUGACAGGGACAGAGGCUUUUGAAAUGGGUAUUGUUAAUUAUGCAGUGAAACAAAAUAAUGAAGGCAAUGCAGCCUACUUGAAAGCAUUGGAAGUUGCUCGUGAAAUUAUCCCUAAUGGACCACUUAGUGUAAGACUGGCAAAAGUUGCAAUAAAUUCUGGUUUAGAAGUUGAUACCAGCACUGGUAAUAUUAUUGAAGAAGCAUGUUAUGCACAAGUUGUUCCUACAAAGGACAGGAUGGAAGGACUCAUCGCAUUCCAGGAAAAGCGUGCACCUAUAUAUACCGGAAAAUGAAACAAAUCACAUUUAUGGGAAUAAGUAUUGGGAGCAUGAUGUACUUUGGUCAGAGAAGAAAGAUGGCACUGCAUCAUUAACAUUUUUGGGAUAUUUUUCAAAAUGUUUUAUAUGUUAUACAUAAUAUACCAUAAUCACUUGUAUGUGUAAGUGUAUAUAAAGUUAUAUAUAACACAUAAUUGUUUCAGGCAGUAUGUACAGUACAUAAUAUUGCCAGCUUUUUCAUAAAACAAGCCAUUAAAAAUAUAUCACAAAGAACAGAUAAUAAUAAAAAUUAAAAUGAAUAUGAAGUUCCCAUCUUAAAGAUGACUGUCUUCUAGAUUGUGGUGCCAUGUAGUCUAGUAGAAGUUUACCAGUGACUUCUGGAACAUUGGUAAACUUCUGUCAGACUACAUGGCACUACAACCCAGAAGACCGUACCAACCACUGUGAGUACCUUAAAUCCUACUUUUCAUUUUAACUUGUGUUCCAUUUCAAUUACUUACAAGUUCACUGUCUGUCAACAAACCAUACAUGAACCCUCCCUUUCACACUGCUAAAUAUAAGUCUUUCUAGAAAUAUAGCACUGCUAACUUGUA